AUGUAUACUGAAAAUAUAGACACUCCAAUUUAUUUGGUAAGAAGCUAUAAGGAUCUUGUUGAUCAACCCGAACACCCCGAUCUUACAGGUCCACCAACACCCGGCCGAAUCUACUUUACCGGAAAGAUCACCACGGUCUUGUCAUUAGAACAAAAGAUCCGCACCGGUUCCUCCAAUCCAUACUCACGCAGAAAAAACCAAAAAUCUCGUCCUUGGCUUGUUCUAGAGGUGAAAAACGAUGGUAGCUUUCUUGUUAUAUCAUUAACCACCCGCAACAACCUUGUCUGGAAAGGCCUGAAAGAAAAAGAUGCCCGUUCGUUCUUGCCACUAGGCACGACACCAGGGUAUGAAGGACGUGAUAAUGUGGAACUUCUAUCCAAUGUCUAUGGAAUAUUCAAAGGAACCUCCCUGAUAUUCCUUGAAGUAGAGAAAACUGUUUAUCGAGAUUCUUUGGGCCACUGUAUCGGGGAAAUAACAGCAGACGGUCUUGAUCUGGUACUGAGAGAACGGGCGAUGUACAGACUUCAGACUGCGAUGGAAGAGGAGGCGAAAAGAGAGCGCGCUUUUGCUGAACGGGAGGAGCACAGAUUGCGCAUUUUCUUAGAACGGGAGGCGCAGAAAUUACGCCUUACACAGGAAAGGGAGGCGCAGAGAUUACAAGCCCGAAUAUUCCGCCACGGCCAUCGCAUGCACGCAGCAGCUCAGAAAAUUCUAUCGCACAUUGCAGAAACCAUCAUCACGGUGAAGAGAACUGGAGAGGGAGGGGGGAAGAAGGGUUUAAAUGGGGCCAGUGAGUUCGUACUUCCUUCCCGAAUUUCGUUUAUAAGCAGGCCGUCAUACACAUGA